AUGGGCUUCACUCUGCACUCCGUCUACUUCACCUUGAAGGUGAGUUUGCUGCUGGGCUCCUUGCUGGGUCUCUGUUUGGGUCUGGAGUUCAUGGGCAUCCCCAACCAGUGGGCCCGCUACCUCCGCUGGGAUGCCAGCACUAGGAGUGAACUCAGCUUCCAGUUCAAGACCAACGUCUCUGCUGGGCUGCUCCUCUACUUUGAUGAUGGUGGUGUCUGUGACUUCCUCUGUCUAUCCCUUGUUGAUGGGCGCAUCCAGCUCCAGUUCAGUGUGGACUGUGCAGAGACUACGGUUAUCACAGACAAGCAGGUCAACGACAGCAACUGGCACUUCCUGAUGGUCAGCCGCAAUCACCUUCGGACGGUGCUAGUGCUGGAUGGUGAAGCCAAGCCGGGUGAGGUGCGUCCACAACGCCAGUAUAUGAAUAUCGUCAGUGACCUUUUUGUUGGUGGAGUCCCAUUGGACAUCCGUCCUGCUGCCUUGACCCUUGAUGGUGUUCUGGGUGAGCCUCCAUUUCAAGGAUUUAUCCUGGAUCUGAAAUACGGCAACUUUGAGCCACAGCUGCUGGGCAGUCAAGGGGUACGACUGGAAAUGGAAGGGCUUUGCGCAGAAAACCCAUGUGAAAAUGGUGGCACUUGCUUCCUUCUGGAUGGCGAGCCACACUGUGACUGCUCAGCCACUGGAUAUGCUGGCAAGCUGUGUUCUGAAGAUGUCAAUCAUAUUCCAGGCCUCUCACACCUGAUGAUGGCUGAACAAGCACGAGAUGAGAACAUGGCCACUUUCCGUGGUUCCGAAUACCUUUGCUAUGACCUGUCGCAAAACCCCAUCCAGAGCAGCAGCGAUGAGAUCACGCUCUCCUUCAAGACAUGGCAGCGCAAUGGGCUCAUUCUGCACACCGGCAAGUCAGCUGAUUAUGUCAACCUUGCCCUGAAAGAUGGUGCAGUCUCGUUGGUCAUUAACCUGGGGUCUGGGGCCUUCGAGGCCAUUGUGGAGCCGGUCAAUGGCAAGUUCAAUGACAACGCGUGGCAUGACGUUAAGGUGACACGCAACCUGCGGCAGGUGACAAUCUCUGUGGAUGGCAUCCUUACCACCACAGGCUACACGCAGGAGGACUACACCAUGCUGGGCUCAGAUGACUUCUUUUACGUGGGAGGGAGCCCCAGUACUGCUGAUUUACCUGGCUCUCCAGUAAGCAACAACUUCAUGGGCUGCCUCAAAGAGGUUGUUUAUAAGAAUAAUGACAUUCGUCUGGAGCUGUCUCGCUUGGCACGGAUUGGUGAUACUAAGAUGAAGAUCUAUGGGGAAGUGAAAUUCGUAUGUGAGAAUGUGGCUACACUGGAUCCCAUCAGCUUUGAGACACCUGAGGCCUAUAUUAGUCUGCCUAAAUGGAAUACCAAAAGGAUGGGCUCUAUCUCAUUUGAUUUCCGAACCACUGAACCCAAUGGACUGAUCCUUUUCACCCAUGGCAAGCCUCAGGAGAGGAAAGAUGCCAGGAGCCAGAAAAAUACAAAGGUAGACUUCUUUGCAGUUGAGCUUCUAGAUGGAAACCUCUACUUGCUGCUGGACAUGGGCUCUGGAACCAUUAAAGUCAAGGCCACUCAGAAGAAAGCCAAUGAUGGAGAGUGGUAUCAUGUGGAUAUUCAACGAGAUGGAAGAUCAGGUACUAUAUCAGUGAACAGCAGACGCACCCCGUUCACUGCUAGUGGGGAGAGUGAGAUCCUAGAUCUGGAAGGCGACAUGUACCUCGGUGGGCUGCCUGAGAACCGGGCAGGACUCAUCCUUCCCACAGAGCUCUGGACAGCAAUGCUGAACUAUGGCUACGUUGGCUGUAUCCGAGACUUGUUCAUCGAUGGAAGAAGCAAGAACAUCCGGCAGCUGGCAGAGGCGCAGAAUGCCGCAGGAGUCAAGUCCUCCUGCUCCCGCCUCAGCACCAAGCAGUGCGACAGUUACCCGUGUAAGAAUAAUGCAGUCUGCAAGGAUGGCUGGAACCGCUUCAUUUGUGACUGCACUGGCACCGGCUAUUGGGGUAGAACGUGUGAGCGAGAGGCCUCUAUCUUGAGCUAUGAUGGCAGUAUGUACAUGAAGAUCAUCAUGCCUAUGGUCAUGCAUACAGAAGCAGAAGACGUGUCCUUCCGUUUCAUGUCCCAGCGCGCUUAUGGGCUGUUGAUGGCAACGACCUCACGAGACUCUGCUGACACUCUGCGCCUGGAGCUGGAUGGAGGCCGUGUCAAACUUAUGGUCAAUUUAGACUGUAUCAGGAUAAACUGUAACGCCAGCAAGGGACCUGAAACUCUUUAUGCUGGGCAGAAACUCAAUGACAACGAGUGGCACACUGUUCGGGUAGUUCGGCGAGGAAAGAGCCUCAAGCUGAUGGUGGAUGAUGAUGUUGCUGAGGGCACAAUGGUUGGUGAUCACACCCGCUUGGAGUUCCACAACAUCGAGACAGGGAUUAUGACGGAGAAACGGUACAUCUCUGUCAUCCCCUCCAGCUUUAUUGGCCACCUCCAGAGCCUCAUGUUCAAUGGGAUGCUCUACAUUGACCUGUGCAAGAAUGGUGACAUUGACUAUUGUGAGCUGAAGGCACGCUUUGGUCUCCGCAACAUUAUAGCUGACCCUGUGACGUUCAAGACCAAGAGCAGCUACCUGAGCUUGGCCACCUUGCAGGCUUAUACAUCCAUGCACCUCUUCUUUCAGUUUAAGACCACCUCAGCUGACGGUUUCAUCCUCUUUAAUAGUGGUGAUGGCAAUGACUUUAUCGCAGUUGAACUAGUCAAGGGGUAUAUACACUAUGUGUUUGACCUUGGAAACGGACCUAAUGUUAUCAAAGGCAACAGUGAUCGUCCUCUUAAUGACAACCAAUGGCACAAUGUUGUCAUCACCAGAGAUAACAGUAACACACACAGCCUAAAGGUGGACACCAAGGUGGUCACUCAGGUUAUCAAUGGUGCCAAAAAUCUGGAUCUUAAAGGUGAUCUCUACAUUGCUGGCCUAGCUCAAGGCAUGUAUAGCAACCUCCCGAAGCUAGUGGCCUCACGUGAUGGAUUUCAGGGCUGUCUGGCAUCUGUGGACUUGAAUGGGCGCCUGCCUGAUCUAAUCAAUGACGCUCUGCACCGCAGUGGGCAGAUUGAGCGUGGAUGCGAAGGACCGAGCACUACCUGCCAGGAAGAUUCCUGUGCGAAUCAGGGCAUCUGUAAUCAGCAGUGGGAAGGCUUCACCUGUGAUUGCUCCAUGACUUCAUAUUCUGGGAGCCAGUGUAAUGACCCUGGUGCCACAUAUAUAUUUGGGAAGAGUGGAGGUCUCAUCCUGUACACCUGGCCAGCUAAUGACAGACCAAGCACAAGGACAGACCGUCUUGCUGUGGGCUUCAGCACAACAGUGAAGGAUGGCAUUCUUGUUCGGAUUGACAGUGCCCCUGGGCUUGGUGAUUUUCUGCAGCUGCACAUAGAGCAAGGCAAGAUUGGUGUAGUCUUCAAUAUUGGCACAGUGGACAUCUCUAUUAAAGAGGAAAGCACACCUGUAAAUGAUGGCAAAUACCACGUGGUACGCUUUACCAGGAAUGGUGGCAAUGCCACACUUCAGGUUGACAGCUGGCCAGUGAAUGAACACUACCCAACAGGCAACACUGAUAGUGAACGGUUCCAAAUGGUAAAACAGAAAAUCCCCUUCAAAUAUAACCGGCCUGUAGAGGAGUGGCUGCAGGAAAAAGGACGACAGUUAACGAUCUUCAACACCCAGGCGCAAAUAGCCAUAGGAGGGAAGGACAGAGGGCGUCUCUUCCAAGGCCAGCUCUCCGGUCUCUAUUACAAUGGCUUGAAAGUGCUGAACAUGGCAGCAGAGAACAACCCCAACAUUAAAAUCAAUGGAAGUGUCCGACUCGUUGGGGAAGUCCCUUCCAUCUUGGGAACAACACCCACAACCUCUGUGCCACCGGAAAUGUCUACUACAGUCAUGGAAACCACAACUACAAUGGCCACCACUACAACGCGAAAAAAUCGUUCACCACCCAGCAUCCAGCCUACAACAGAUGACAUCGUUUCAUCAGCUGAAUGUUCCAGUGAUGAUGAAGAUUUCAUUGACUGUGAGCCCAGUACAGAUAAGAGUCUUUCCACUUCAAUCUUCGAAGGUGGCUACAAAGCACACGCACCCAAGUGGGAAUCCAAGGACUUUAGACCUAACAAAGUCUCCGAAACUGGUAGGACUACUACCACGUCUUUGUCCCCUGAGCUGAUCCGCUCCACAGCUUCGUCCUCGACUGGGAUGGUGCCCAAAUUGCCAGCCGGCAAAAUGAAUAACCGUGAGCUCAAACCCCAGCCUGACAUAGUCUUGCUUCCGUUGCCCACUGCCUAUGAGCUAGACAGCACAAAGCUGAAGAGCCCGCUAAUCACUUCCCCCAUGUUCCGUAAUGUGCCCACAGCAAACCCCACGGAGCCAGGAAUCAGACGGGUUCCGGGGGCCUCAGAGGUGGUCCGCGAGUCAAGCAGCACAACGGGGAUGGUCGUCGGCAUUGUGGCUGCUGCCGCCCUCUGCAUCCUCAUCCUCCUGUACGCCAUGUACAAGUACAGGAACAGGGACGAGGGGUCCUAUCAGGUGGACGAGACGCGGAACUACAUCAGCAACUCAGCCCAGAGCAAUGGCACGCUCGUGAAGGAGAAGCAGCAGAGCUCAAAGAGUGGCCACAAGAAACAGAAAAACAAGGACAAAGAGUAUUAUGUGUAA